AUGAGUGCCGAACAUCAUAACCAUGGUCGUUUCACAUCCUCUUGGAACAGUGUUGAGAAUAAAGUUUUUGAGCAAGCACUCGCGAAAUACUCUGAGGACCAUGGUGAUAGUGCUGGUAGAUGGGCGAAUAUCGCAGCCCAAGUUCCAGGAAAGUCAAUGGAAGAGAUUAAGCGUCAUUACGAUCUCUUAAUCGAUGAUGUUAGGCGCAUAGAAGCUGGCUUCAUCCCUCUACCAAACUAUGAAUUAAGCAUCCAUGAAGAAGACAAUGAACCAAUGCCAAAACAUCUUCGUCGAAGGAGUAUCCCUUGGACGGAGAAUGAACACAAAUUAUUUCUGUUAGGUUUGCAAAAGUAUGGAAAAGGUGAUUGGCGGAGCAUAGCCCGUAAGUCUGUUAUGACGAGGACCGCAGUUCAAGUCGCGAGCCACGCACAAAAGUAUUUUGCUCGUCAAAAUGCAAUUCUUGCAGAAAAGAAGAGGUCUAGCAUUCACGACAUGACUAUCAAUUCCAACAACCCACUACAACAACAACACAACAUGGAUCCUUCUACUGCACAUUCCGUUGGCAUGCCCAUCGAACUUCCUCCCUUUCCACCUCAAAUAUGGUGGGAUGCACCCUCUCAAUGAAAUAAAAAUCAAAUUAACAAUAUAAACAAUUUGGUUGGUGGAGUUUGUACUAGAAUAAAAUAAAUAUUUAAUAAGUUGAUUGUUACAUUGGUUU